AUGGAGGCGUUUCUCGACCAGGUCGGGGCAUAUCGAAGAUGGGAUGGCUGGGUCGCACACAAGGACUACGAUCAUUUCAAAGAACGAUUGGAACGAUGUCGGGAACAAUUUGUGAAUGAGCACUCCGCGACAGACGAAGAGAAACGCCAGUGGAGGGCCGUCUGGCCGUUCAUGGAGACAUAG